GAAUUCCAGCCUCCCAUAAAUCCCGUUCUAUUUCCAUGGUAACAGGUGAACAAAAAGAUGGCGGCUGGUUAAACUUCGAACGAAGCACAAUUCUAUGCAAUGCCUCCUCAAAGCAAAGCUAAAAAAAAGAAGAAUGUUGUAAAAAAAUCCAAAUCAGAGAUUGCUCAGGAAAAACUGGAAACUGAGAUAGCAGAAUUUGAAAAGAAUCGUGAGCUGCAUGAGGCCUUUAUAAACAGAAUUAACAACUGGAUAAGAGAAUAUAACUCUAGAGCGAUAGAUUUGUUUAGAAAGUUUGACAAGGAUGGUGAUGGAUCCUUGUCCUUCAAUGAAUUUCAAGCUGGAAUGAGAGACCUCAAUGCACCAUGCUCAAACAUAGAGUUGCAUGUGCUUUCAAGGCUUCUGGAUCAAAAUAAUGAUGGUUUGCUGGACUAUCUUGAAUUUGCAAAGGGGGUGAGGUAUUAUAAACCGGAGGAAACACUUCCUGAUGAUGGUUUGCCAAUUUUAAGAAUAUGUAGAGAAGACCUAGAGCAGUGUCCAAACUGCAGGCUGAAGCUGUGGAAACCAAAUGACACAAAGUUCCCAAGAUUUAUUCAAAUAGAUAUGAAAUUGCUCACAUUUCUACGUAUACACAAUUACCCUGGCCACUUUCGAGUUCUUGUCCAUACACACGUCACAAUCCAGGGUUUGAUUAACGUUAUAAUUGAAAGACAUGGUGGAACUCUUCGUUAUGUUAGAAUUUACGAUGAAGAUGAUCAAGGGAAACGGAUUGAUUUGGAUCCACAUAAAACACUUGAAGACUGCGGCUAUCUAGGAGGGCCAAAGCACAAGCCACAGAAACUAGAGUUGAUUUAUGAUUAUACAACGGAGUUUCAUGAAUGUCCAUUGCUGAUGUCCGAUGAAUAUUUCGCCUAUGACAAUCCAAAAAGCUCUAAGCUUCUCCUUUGAGAUUUUUGUAUUUUGUGAUAAAAGUCUUAUGGUAUGUGAACGCUUCAAUUUCUGAA